AUGGAUAGAAGAACAAGAACAAGCCUGCCAACACAUACCAAACUUCUGAAACCACAGUUAGACUCCGAAACAGAAGCAAAGUUAGCGCAGCGCAAACAGAAACAAGAAUUGCAUUACAACAAGAAAAGUCAACCGCUGCCUCCGAUCCAGCCCGGUAGAGCGAUUCGAAAGAAACUCCCUGGUGACACAAAAUGGUCUCUUGGCAGCUGCGUCAAGGCACUACCUAACCGCUCUUACGAAGUGGAAGUCGCAGGUCGCCGUUAUCGUCGCAAGAGGCUCCAACUAAGAACAACGGCCAAAGCACCUCCACACACUACACCUGAAGAUCUUCCGAACAGUGAUGCCGAUGUAACAUCUCCCGUUAAGAGCCAAGAAACAACACAGCCCACUCGUCGUCGAGAUGACACCUCAGGUGUGACUCCCGAACCAGUCACUCAACCACGUCGUUCAGCUCGUGUAAGGAAACCGCCAGGUUGGCACGACGAUUACCUGAUGAACUAG